AUGUCGACUUUGGAUUCAGAACCAGUUGGAACAACCCCAGUACCCAGUAGUACACGUACAACUACCGAUGAGAUUGAUAAUAUUGGUGACCCUAUUGUUCCAACAACUACAAUAUCAAAUGCAAUAAUCGGAGACGGUUUUACCAUAACUGGUGUCCGUCCCCGUCCUGGUGAUGUGGAGCCAACUAGGACUUCACAGAGUGCAAGUGCAGUAGAAGGAUUCAACACCACCAUUCAAUUAUCUAGUGUUGCUGUCAAUACCACAAGCACCUCUCCUCCCUUCACCUUCUCUUCCUCCUCCUCCUCUCCCUCCUUCACCUUCACCUCCUCCUCCCCCUCCCCCCCCUCUCCUCUUCACAACUCCGGCGCAAAUUCCCAUAUAGGAGUCAUAAUCGGCAGCACUAUUGGUGGUGGAGUAGCACUAGCCAUCACUAUCAUUGUUUUAGUGUUGGUUGGGAUAUGGUGCAAACGGUAUAAACUGAAAGAGAUGUUUCUGAAAUUGGAGACCAAACCUGCAAUGUCGGUGCCAGCCGUUGAUCGUGCAGGUGCUGGGGAGGGCGUGCCGGGUGCAGGAGGUGAAAUAACAAGUGGUAGUGGUAGUCAUCGUGGUGCAAGAUUCGAAGCCUCCCUGUAUCCGUUGGAGCAUUACCCAGCACAUCCAGCUAUGAUAUUGUUACCACCUGCGAUGUCUGCAGGUCAUGACGCCGUGUCCAUCGUGGGGUCAAGGAACAGUGGUUCAGGUAGGAGGUCUAGUAGGAACAUGUUCAUACAUCGGGACAGGGAGAUGGUUAGCAUUAAUGUAGACAUGCUACAAGGAAGAGUUCAGGAAGAAGUAGAAUCACAAUUGGAGGAACAAGUUCCGGAAGAGAUUCUGCCAACAUACGAGAGUCUGAUGUCUGAUUUGAUGACUGUUGGGAUCCAGAGCAGGAGCAGUGAACAUAAUGGAGGUAGGAGUAGGAGUGGAGUUGGUGGAAGUGGAGAGUUAGGAGUUGUGGAGAACUCAACAAAGUGGACUACCCGAAGAUUUGAGAGCACAUGA